CAAGGCGAUUCCAAGAUGUCUAAGCGUGACUGGGAGUUGACCUGUAAGGUGUACAUCGGGAACUUGGCCACUCAUGCCUCCCGGCACGACGUCGAAUCAGUAUUCAGCAAAUACGGCAAUCUCCGCAAUGUGUGGGUCGCCAGAAACCCGCCCGGUUUCGCUUUCGUCGAGUUCGAGGACUCUCGGGACGCCGAGGAUGCCGUCAGAGCGGUCGACGGUAGUAGGAUCUGCGGCUCUCGCGUGAAAUGCGAGAUGUCCCACGGAAAACGGCGCAACGGAGGUCAUCGUGGAGGGCGUGGAGGUCGUCGAUCUCGUUCAAGGAGUUUCGAACGAAGACGUUCUUUCUCCCGGAGCCGAUCCAGAUCUCGCAGUAGGUCGUAUGGAAAGGAUCGUGCCGAAGCCAGAGGCGGAGGAGCGCCACGAGGGGGAGCCCGGGAGAGAAGCUUCUCCCGAAGUCCGUCGAGGGAACGGUCCCGCUCGAGGAACCAAAGCCCAUCCGUCAAGUAG